UUAACAGGCUGUCAGCCGCCUCCGUCGGAUCAGAUCUUCCCAGCAGCAGUUGUUGAUUUAUUUUCUGCUCCUGUCUCCCGUCAUGGCCCUGCUCCACAGGGUCCUGUCGCAGCUUCUCAGCUGGUCUGGGGUCAGCUUCCUCCUGCAGCUGAUGGGGGCCGCGCUGCUGGUUGCGGUGGGAGUCUGGACGGCGAGGCUGCUGGUGCGUCACGCCUGGUACACCCACAGGCUGUCCUGCUUCAACAAGCCGCAGACGCAUUCAUGGCUGAUUGGUCACCUCGGUCAGAUGCAGAGUACAGAGGAAGGUCUCCAACAGGUGGAUGAACUGGUGCAGACCUUCAAGCACUCCUGCUCCUGGUUCCUGGGGCCUUUUUACCACCUGGUCAGAGUCUUUCAUCCUGACUACGUGAAGCCCCUGCUGAUGGCGCCUGCCGACAUCACGAUGAAGGAUGAGUUUAUCUACGGGCAUCUGCGACCCUGGCUGGGUCACAGUUUGCUGAUAAGUAACGGAGAGGAGUGGUCUCGCAAGAGGCGACUGCUGACCCCGGCUUUCCAUUUCGACAUCCUCAGAAACUACGUCCUGACGUUUAACUCUUCGACCAACACCAUGCAUAAUAAAUGGCGCCGCCUGGUGGCAGGAGGAACAACCAACAUAGAGAUGUUUGACCAUGUCACCCUCAUGACACUGGACAGCUUAUUAAAAUGUGCCUUCAGCUACCAGAGCAACUGUCAGGAGUCCACCAGCGAGUACGUGUCCGCCAUCGUGGAGCUCAGCGACCUGGUGAUAGAUCGCCGCCUUCGCAUUUUGCACCACUGGGACUGGAUCUACUGGAAAACUGAGCAGGGAAAGAGAUUCAAGCGAGCAUUGAGUGUGGUACACAGGUUCACCAGGGAUGUUGUGCAGAAGCGUCGUGCUCUCAUUGACCAGCAGAGGGAGACAGAGACGCUAAGCAGCAUGACUGCAGCGCCACAGAGAAAGAAAGAUUUCGUGGACCUCAUUCUGCUGUCAAAGGAUGAAGACGGACAAGGACUCACAGAUGAGGAGAUUCAGGCGGAAGCCAACACUUUCAUGUUUGCAGGACAUGAUACGACAGCUAGCGCAAUUUGCUGGACGCUGUACAAUUUAGCUCGCCAUCCCCACUAUCAGGAGCAAUGCAGGCAGGAAGUGAUGGAGCUGAUGCAGGGGCGAGAUGGACAUGAAAUACAGUGGGAGGACCUGUCCAACUUACCUUUCACUACUAUGUGCAUCAAAGAGAGCCUCAGGCUGCACUCGCCUGUCCAGGCUGUAACCAGGAAGUACACCCAGGAUGUGGCGUUGCCAGGAGAACUCACCGUACCACAGGGUGUAAUCUGCUUGGUCAGUCUUUACGGGACACACCACAACCCCGAAGUCUGGACAAACCCACAUGAGUUCGAUCCCCUUCGCUUUGAGCCGAGCAACGCACAGAGUCGCUCCUCUCACGGCUUCAUCCCGUUCUCCUCCGGACCCAGGAACUGCAUCGGUCAGAAAUUUGCCAUGGCUGAGCUUCGGGUUGUCGUGGCGCUGACCCUGCUGAGGUUUCGUUUGACCCCGGGGGUCAACCCUGAGGCAGGGAGCGGCUCCGGGAAGCCACGGCGUUUACCCCAACUCGUCCUGCGCGCCGAGGGAGGCCUGUGGCUGCAGCUGGACGCCCUCAGUGAAUCAAGCUUUUGGCAAAUAAAUGAUUUGUAAAAUGCAAAAACACGAUAUAAGAUUGAACAUUGCAUUUUAACCAAGGCUCUGCUUCACCCUGUUUUAAGAUGUGUUUCAUUGUGUGUGUGUUCUUUUCCCCAAAUUGCUAAUAAAUAUUAAUGACAUUGUAAAUGCAAGAUUUAAAACACAAUUUAAUUUAUUUAACAAAUACAGGAAUGGCUUUUUCAUACAUGUAAUCGUUUAGAUAAUAAAAAAAUGUGUUAAGCUAUUUUGUAUUAACUGUGCAAGGAUUAUACAUGUUAAUAAAUUAGCUCCACAUUUAGUAAAAUUUUGUGAAUUACUUAAAUAAUUGAAUUUAAACGCGACACUUUUAUUUAUUUAAAAUAAAUAAACCUGCUUCAUUGUGUUUUGGUCAGAAGCUGCUGCAGUACCAAACUCUGGACACUGGGGGGCGGAAGACUUCCGCUUCAGACUUUGAAUACAGUUU